CCUCUGUUUUUCGCAACGCCGGCAAGAGUUAGUGCCUGUCCCACCAAACAAGGUCGUUGUCAUCUCGAAACAAUCAUCGGGGGUGGAAAUUUGUCCAUCUAUUUGAACGGCCCCUGUUCAUGUGAUCGGUCCACUGGAGGACCGGGUGCUCGAAAGUUUCGUGCUUGGGAUCGCACGGUUUUGGAGUUUUUCAGGAAUUGUAUGCUGAGGACAUGAAGAGCGAAGAGCAAGCCCGGUCCUUGUUCGGAAUCUCGCUGUCGGACAGACCGAAGUGGCAACAAUUCAUCAUCUGCUCAUCUGGAUUCUUCUUCGGUUACCUCGUCAACGGCAUAUGCGAGGAAUACGUGUACAACAGGCUUCAAUUCAGCUAUGGUUGGUACUUCACAUUUGUUCAGGGAUUUGUGUAUCUGUUCCUCAUUUACCUACAAGGCUUCAGCACCACGCAAAUGGUGAAUCCUUGGAAGACGUAUGUGAAACUCUCUGCAGUGCUGAUGGGUUCACAUGGGCUCACAAAGGGGUCAUUGGCUUUUCUCAAUUACCCCGCACAGCUCAUGUUCAAAUCAACAAAGGUUCUGCCGGUAAUGAUAAUGGGCGCCUUCAUACCGGGACUGAGGCGGAAGUACCCAGCCCAUGAAUACGUGUCUGCAGUUCUCUUAGUGGUGGGUCUGAUCCUUUUCACCUUGGCCGAUGCUCAGACAUCGCCGAAUUUCAGCGUGAUUGGCGUGGUGAUGGUCUCGGGUGCUCUAGUUAUGGACUCCUUCCUGGGUAAUUUGCAAGAAGCCAUCUUUACCAUGAACCCUGAAACCACUCAGAUGGAGAUGUUGUUCUGUUCAACUGUGAUGGGCUUGCCUUUCUUGAUCCCACCCAUGCUCUUGACAGGAGAAUUGUUUAAAGCAUGGAAUUCAUGCUCCAAGCAUUUGUAUGUAUAUGGUGUAUUGGUGUUCGAAGCAAUGGCCACGUUCAUCGGCCAAGUCUCGGUCCUCUCUCUCAUUGCCAUAUUUGGAGCUGCAACCACAGCCAUGAUAACUACAGCAAGAAAGGCGGUCACAUUGUUGCUGUCAUACCUGAUAUUCACAAAGCCACUGACCGAGCAGCACAGUACGGGCCUCUUGCUCAUAGCCAUGGGAAUCAUACUGAAGGUCUUGCCCGACUCCAAUCCUCACAAGAAGGCCUCGAAACCAACCCUAUCCAAGGUAGGGAAAAUAACUCAUCAUCGUGAUGAAAAAACACAAUUACAGAGCCAAGAAGAAGAAGAAAAGAGGCCAUUGAUAUGAAAAGAUUUGCUACCAAUCGGCAUCACAAGCCUGAACACCAGCACCAUUGUGGACACCUGGUUCAGGGGAUUGAAAUUACUUUCUUUUCUUUUUCUCUUCUUUCUUGACCAUCUUGUGUAGGCAUUCGUAAAGCUGCCGAUUUGUAUUGAGCAUCGUUCUAUUUUCUUUCAACUUGUGGUGGCAUCAUGUCCUAUUUACCAGCUUCGAGAGGUUGAUUCACUUUAUAAAGGGCAUCAUUAAUCCAGGGAGAGUUUCGCUCGUCCA